AAAUAAUGCCAAAUAGCACGUUUACCUGAGCGCGUGACCCGGAAUCAGGAACUGCAAAAGUGGCGACGUCCACAAGCGGUUUUGUACACGUAGUAUUGUGUAGGUUAUUUUAGUCCCACCGAUAACAUGGCCAGACUUACCUGGCUCAUACUUAUUUGCCUCGUGGCAAGCAUAGUUUGCCCACCGGUCGACAAAAACUCGAAAAAAUCCGAAGAAGACAAAAAAAAGGAAAACGGAACUACUGAUAACAACGACAUCGAUCUGCUCGAAUAUGAUCGUUACCUGAAGGAGAUUAUCGGUGCACUGGAGGAGGAUGGCGAUUUCAAGAAAAAACUUGAGAGUGCUGACUUUAAUGAUGUCCAGUCUGGCAAGAUCGCGAACGAACUCCAGUUUGUCAACCACAACGUCCGAACAAAGCUGGACGAGAUCAAGCGCAGAGAGAUGGAGCGACUUCGCCAGACGACGAAGAAGAUGCUUCAGAAGAAAGAAGGCAGGGAUGUGUUGAAGCAAGGAGACAUCGGCGGCCACAUUGACCACAUGAACCCGAGAGGCUUCGACAUGUCUGACUUGGCAAAGCUCAUACAGAAGACGAUCGCCGACCUUGAGACGCUCGACACGCAGCGCAAGGACAACUUCAAGACGUACGAGAUGGAGAAGGAGUACCAUCACAAGGAGCAGGUGAACAACAUGACAGAGGAGGAGAAGAAGAUCGCCGAGCAGGAGUACCUUCAGCAGCAGGAGAAGCACAACGACCACCCGCGCGUGCAUCACCCGGGAAGCAAACAGCAGAUGCAGGACGUGUGGACAGACAAUGAUCACAUGGACCCAGGCUCUUUUAAUCCGAAAACUUUCUUCAGUAUGCACGAUUACAACAGAGAUGGAUAUUUGGAUCAGAAGGAGCUAGAAGCCCUAUUCCAGACCGAGCUGGACAAGCUGUACGACCCAGACAACCCGGAGGACGACAUGUACGAGAGGCAGGAGGAGAUGGCGCGCAUGCGCGAGCACGUGCAGCGUGAAGUCGACACCGACAGCGACGGCCUCAUCAGCCUCGCCGAGUUCAUCGCCGAGACACACCGCAGCGAGUGGGGCGAGGACGAGGGCUGGAAG